UUGUGAAUAUUGAAUUCUGAAUUGUCUGAACCAAUUGUAUUCCAAUUUAUUCACGGGUAUGAACUUUUAUGUAAAUAGAUUAAAAGGUUGAAACUUAAGUAUUUAUUAUUAGUUUUUCAGUUAAUUUAAUUCAAAGAAAUUAAAAAUUGUAUUUCUUUUUUUUUAAUGUUAAAAAUUAAACAAUAUGGCUAAUAAGUCUUCAGAAUUGAAUCAAGUAUCUCCCAAAAAAGAAAACUUCGAUGAGUUUUAUACUGAAGUUAAAGAAAUAGAAAAACGAGAUUCUGUACUGACAUCGAAACAACAAUUAGAAAGACUUUUGAGACCUGGAGCGUCAUAUUUUAAUCUCAAUCCAUACGAAGUUCUUCAAAUUGAUUCUGACACACCUUUAGAGGAUGCAAAAAAAAAAUAUAAAAGAUUAUCAAUAUUGGUACAUCCAGACAAAAAUCAAGAUGAUUUAGAAAGAGCUAAUGUUGCUUUUGAAACUGUUAAUCGAGCCUGGCGAACAAUUGAAAAUGACGAAUGUAGGAAAAAAUGUCUUGAGAUUAUACAGGAAGCCAAAGAUAUGACAGAAUUUAUGGUAGCCGAAAAACGCAAAAAAUUAAAAAAAGAAGGUAAAGAAACGACAGUGGAAGAAGAUGAUCCUAAUGUUAUGAAACGUAGUAUAUAUGUUCAAACAUGUAAAUUAUUUGCCGAUCUGGAACGUAAAAGAAAGCAGCAUGAAGAAAGAGAUCAACAAGAGAGAAAACGAAAAAGAGAACAAGAAAUUGAAGAGGAACAGAAAGCGUCUGUGUCUAAGGAAUGGCAAAAAAACUUUGACGAGUCUAGGGAAAGUAGAGUGAACAGCUGGAAGGCAUUUCAAGAAAAAUCUAAAAAAUCGAGUAAAAAAAUAAAAAUAUUCAAACCACCUAAACAUAAAGCUGAAUCUAGAUAAGUAUCUGUAUUGUAGUUCUUAGUUAUUAAAUCAUCAGUAAAAAAAUUAAAAUGAAUUCCUAAUAAAAACUUAUGACAAUUAAUUUUUAAUUAUACUCCAUAUAAACAUUAUCUAACAUAAUAAACUUAUGUUAACAUAUAAAAGAUUAUGAGUUACAUAUGUAUUUUAAGACUACUACUUAGGUAACAUUUUAAUAUGAAAUUAUAUUUUAUUAUAUAAUGACUGUAGUUUAAGGUAGUUUACAAUUUUUUUUGUCACACAAGUUAUAAAUUAAUACAUAC